AUGGCUGAUGAACUCAUCACCCACCCCCGAGGACCCCACUCCCUCGGCGGCGUCCUCAUCAAUGGCGUCCUGAUCGCGUCCCUGCUCUCUGCCGCCGUCGCCCAAGUCCUCAAGGUCUUCACCCAUCGAUGGCGCCACGGCCGGUGGUCGCUCGGCCGCAUGCUCACCUCUGGCGGCAUGCCGUCGUCCCACACGGCACUUGUGGGGGGCCUCGUGGCCGCCGUGGGCGUCCAGGAGGGAUCUGGCAGUGUUGCCUUCGCCGUGGCGACGGUGUUGUGGCUGCUGGUGAUGUAUGAUGCGUCGGGGGUGAGGCUGGCCGCGGGGCGCCACGCCAGCGUGCUGAACACGAUCAUUUCGGAGCUGCCGCCGGAGCACCCGGUGCAGGACGGGCAGCGGCUUAAAGACUCGCUGGGGCACACGCCGCUGCAGGUGCUGGUUGGGGCCAUUGUGGGACUCCUCGUUGGGUAUUUCUUCCAGCAGCGUUGGGUAGUUGGUCGAUAG